UGACAGUUGCGUGUCAGUGCGAGUCUCACUGUUCGGUAGUUUAGCUCAACACGCUCGUUACAAAACGCUAGUUCAAAACAAGGCUCUGGUAACAGCCGCCAUAUAACGUGACAUUAACGUGAUCUCAUACAUGUUAGCCUUCACGCGAGACUCAGGAAACUCUAACAUCAACCCGAACCAGCGUCCUAUCCGCGUCAGUUUUCCGGGAACACGGUUGCGGUAGUGAAUGGAAAACCUGGACGUUGUAAUUUACAGCAGUUACUGCCAUUAACCGUUUUGGUGCCACUGAUGGCUGGUCAACUCCUCAAAGUGUCCUCUCUGGCCACAGCAGUGUUAGCCUCCUCUGGGUUUUACCUCUACAACAGACCGCUGAACCUCAACGAUCUGAGUGUCAUCCGCUUCGGACGAGCCGCAGCCACCACGGUAAUUAUCAGCUUCGACUACCUGACUGCUUUCAAACAUGUGGAACACGGCACAGAUGAGUACUGGGCUCUCAGGUCCAAGGUGCAUCUGCGCUCGGCGGAGCGCCUUCGGGACUUGUGCUGUGCCAACCGGGGUACUUUCAUCAAGGUGGGCCAGCACCUGGGUGCUCUGGACUACCUACUUCCCGAGGAGUACACGUCCACGCUGAGGGUGCUGCACAGCCGAGCUCCUCAAAGCAGCUUGGAGGAGAUCCAGCAGGUCAUCAGAGAAGAGCUGGGCAAGGAGCUGUCAGAGUUAUUUGUGUCCUUUGAGGAGAAGCCUCGGGGUGCAGCCUCCUUAGCCCAGGUCCACAAGGCAGUGCUGCAUGAUGGGAGGACAGUGGCCAUCAAGAUCCAACACCCAAAAGUCCAGAGACAGAGCUCCAAGGACAUAGUGAUGAUGGAAGCACUGUUGAGGAUGGUCCAUUGGCUCUGCCCAGAUUUUGCCUUCAUGUGGUUGGUGGAAGAGGCCAAGAAGAACAUGCCACUGGAGCUGGACUUCCUUAAUGAAGGACACAAUGCUGAGCGAGUGGCCAACAUGCUGGCACAUUUCCCUUUUCUCAAGGUGCCCAUGAUCCAUUGGGAUCUGUCCACAAAGAGGAUCCUGACCAUGGAGUUUGCAGAAGGGGGACAAGUCAACGACAGGGAAUACAUGAAGAAACACGGCAUCAACGUCAAUGAGAUCUCAGAGAACCUGGGUAGAAUGUACAGUGAAAUGAUCUUCGUCCAUGGCUUUGUUCACUGUGACCCGCACCCGGGCAACGUGUUGGUCCGAAAGUGUCCGCAGAGCAAGAAGACAGAGAUCACUCUGCUGGAUCACGGCCUUUAUCAGGUCCUGCAGCCAGACUUCAGGUUGAACUACUGUCAGCUGUGGCAGGCUCUGAUUAAAGGGGACAUGUCCGGGGUGGAGCUCUACAGCCUGCGACUGGGAGCUGGAGAUCUGUUCCCGCUGUUUGCUUGCGUGCUCACUGCUCGCUCCUGGAACGCUGUGAAUGCCGGCAUCGGUUCUGUGCCUGUCACACACUCGGAGGACGUUGAGAUACGAACCAAUGCAGCGCUUUACUUGCCCCAGAUCAGUGAGCUCUUGAAUCGAGUGCCCCGGCAGAUGCUGUUGCUGCUAAAGACCAACGAUCUGCUGAGGGGCAUUGAGACCACCUUACAGACCAGAGCCUCUUCCUCGUCCUUUAUCAACAUGUCCCGCUGCUGCAUACGUGCCAUGGCCAGGCACAACAGGAGUAAGGCUCAGUCCAGGAUGAGCCAUCUACAAAUCACGUUGGCAGAGUCCAUGAACCUGUGGAGUCUCACUUUGUAUGAACUGUUUCUGUGGGUUAAGGGCUCCACGAUGGGACACUGGCUCACUGCUCUGCUGGCAUUUCUGCACUAAGACACGUCCGGACAACAGGCUGCAACUCUUAACUGCAUGCUAACAAAUGUUGAAUAUGUGCUCAGACAUACAAUUGUAUUUCAUUCACUCAAGAUGUUUUAUUUGUUUUAUUCUUAUUCAAGUUAAUUAUUGUCCAAUGAUAUUUUUCAUAAACUUGAAAUUUAUUUAAACCAUUAUCUUAGUUACAGUAUACAUUAUCUGUACUCUCUGACACUUCUGGCAAGCUUUGCUAUCUCUGGAGACGCUGCAGAGAAGAACUUGGCAGGUGGAUAAAUGGAAGUUUGUCAGGAGUUACAGCACAUAAUCUGUCUAAUUUUCUUCAUUUUAUCUUUAGAAUAGUAACAAGGUUAAAGACAGACUUUAAAGGUAACAUUUACUCAGGACCAAAAGGUCAAAAUAUUACAUUUAUUUGCUUUUAGUACUAUUGUGGAACAUAGUCAAAAUGGUAAGCAGUCACGAAUUGCAUUGUUUGACUUGCGCAAUUAUUAUUAUUAUUAUUAUUAUUAUUAUUAUUAUUAUUAUUAUUAUUCGCUUCCGGUUCAUCCAUACAAAAGGCGGAUGGUUUCGGACCCUUUUUUCCAUCAAGUGGCAUCAAUGUAGAAAAGGCCGCAGAGAAACCGUUGGUAUGUUUCAGUUGGUUAAAUGUAUUUGUUUGGCAGAUAUGUUUAAUAACUACGGCGGAGUGCAUUGAUUUAUAAAAUUUCAUGUGACGGCGCUGCACCCUUGUUUGUGUCGACUGCAUCUAAACACGCUGUGUUUAAUGUGCGUUUUUCAAUUUAUAGCCUACAUUAUGUUCGGUUAACUUAUGCUAUAGAAGCCUGUUUGGAGUAAUUGUGAGGGGAUAAAGGUAAAUAUAAUUUAAGGCAAAAUUGAUAAUUUCUUAAAUAUAUAGGUGCUUCUAAUGUUUAUCUAUUUACCAUAAGGAUGUGUGCUUAAAUAAGGUUUAGUGACAUCAAUGAUUAAUUUUGAUUUAUUGAAGAUAAAAAUAAUAAUUAUAAAAUGGUGAAGGAAAUAUUUUCCAGCACAAACAUUUGUUCAAUCAGGCAAUGUUUGACAUGUAUCUUUUGUUUUCUGUUUGAAGGUUUUCAACCUAAUGAAAUUCACAUGAAGUGAGAAAUAAAUACAAAAUAUGAGUCGA